GAGCAUCUUUCAGACCGUCUGCUCUUGUAAGAACAGUAAAACGCAAAGAUGAGUUCCGACGCGGAAAUGGAGGUUUUUGGUGCGGCUGCUCACUAUCUCCGCAAAACGGAGAAAGAGCGGAUUGAGGCGCAGAACAAACCGUUUGACGCGAAGACAGCUUGUUAUGUCUUUGACCCGGUUGAUCUGUAUGUACCAGCUACAAUCAAGAGUAGAGAAGGUGGCAAAGUCACUGUGGAAACUAUAAAUAAAAAGACAAUGACUGUAAAAGAAGAUCAAGUCUUUUCAAUGAACCCUCCAAAGUUCGAUAAAAUCGAGGAUAUGGCCAUGCUGACCCACCUGAAUGAGGCGUCCGUGCUGUUUAACCUCAAAGACCGUUACUCAGCCUGGAUGAUCUAUACCUACUCUGGGUUAUUCUGUGUCACGGUAAACCCGUACAAGUGGUUGCCAGUGUAUGAUCCUGCAGUUGUCGUGGCCUACAGAGGCAAAAAGCGACAAGAAGCCCCUCCUCACAUCUUCUCGAUCUCUGACAAUGCUUAUCAGUUCAUGUUGAAUGAUCGUGAGAACCAGUCCAUUCUGAUUACCGGAGAAUCCGGCGCAGGAAAGACUGUGAACACAAAACGUGUCAUCCAAUAUUUUGCAUCUAUUGCAACCAGUGGCGAUCUUCACAAGAAAAAGGAUUCUAAGAUGAAGGGAACCCUGGAGGAUCAAAUCAUCCAGGCCAAUCCACUCCUUGAAGCUUUUGGUAAUGCCAAGACAAUGAGAAAUGACAAUUCAUCGCGCUUUGGUAAAUUCAUCAGAAUUCAUUUUGGAGCUACGGGCAAGUUGGCUUCUGCUGAUAUUGAGACCUACCUGUUGGAAAAAUCUCGUGUAGUCUUCCAGUUGAAAGCUGAAAGAAGCUACCAUAUUUUCUACCAGAUUACAUCGAAUAAGAAACCAGAACUAAUUGAAAUAAUGCUCAUCAGCACCAACCCAUAUGACUAUCCUUUUAUCAGUCAGGGAGAGAUAACUGUACCAAGUAUUAAUGACCAAGAAGAAUUAAUGGCUACUGAUGAAGCCAUUGAUAUCCUAGGUUUCACAUCUGAGGAAAAAGCAAAUAUCUACAAACUCACUGGUGCAGUAAUGCACUAUGGUAACCUUAAGUUCAAGCAGAAACCAAGAGAGGAACAGGCUGAGCCUGAUGGCUCUGAAGUUGCUGACAAGGCUGCUUACCUAAUGGGCUUGAAUUCCGCAGAAUUGUUAAAGUGUUUGUGCUUUCCAAGAGUAAAGGUCGGAAAUGAGUUUGUAACUAAAGGGCAAACUGUACAACAGGUUCAUUAUGCGGUUAGUGCACUGGCAAAAUCUGUGUACGAGAAGAUGUUCUUAUGGAUGGUUACACGAAUCAAUCAACAAUUAGAAACAAAACAACCCAGACAAUAUUUCAUAGGUGUGCUGGAUAUUGCAGGUUUUGAAAUCUUUGACUUCAACAGCCUGGAACAGUUAUGUAUCAACUUCACUAAUGAGAAGCUGCAGCAGUUCUUCAACCACCACAUGUUUGUUCUGGAACAAGAAGAAUACAAGAAGGAGGGAAUCCAAUGGGAAUUCAUUGAUUUUGGUAUGGACCUGGCUGCUUGCAUUGAGCUCAUUGAAAAGCCCAUGGGAAUCUUCUCAAUCCUGGAAGAGGAGUGCAUGUUCCCUAAAGCCUCAGACACUACUUUCAAGAAUAAACUGUAUGAUCAGCAUCUUGGAAAGUCAAACAACUUCCAGAAACCAAAGCUUGUCAAAGGAAGGGCUGAAGCUCACUUCUCAUUGAUCCACUAUGCUGGCACCGUGGAUUACAAUAUUAGUGGCUGGUUGGAAAAGAACAAGGAUCCUCUGAAUGAAACUGUUGUUGGCCUGUAUCAGAAAUCAUCAAUGAAGCUUCUUGCAUCACUCUUCGUUGCCUAUUCUGGCGAUGAUACUGGUGCCCCUAAGAAGGGUGCGAAGAAGAAGGCCUCUUCUUUCCAAACUGUGUCUGCGCUCUUUAGGGAAAAUCUGAAUAAGCUAAUGACCAAUCUAAGAAGCACUCAUCCACACUUUGUACGUUGUAUAAUCCCCAAUGAAACCAAGACUCCAGGUCUGAUAGAGAAUCAGCUGGUCAUUCAUCAGUUGAGAUGCAAUGGUGUGUUGGAAGGUAUUAGGAUUUGCAGAAAGGGAUUUCCAAGCAGAAUCCUUUAUGCUGACUUUAAACAAAGAUACAAACUCUUAAAUGCAAGUGCCAUACCCGAAGGACAAUUUAUUGACAGCAAGAAGGCUUCUGAGAAACUGCUAAGCUCCAUUGAUGUUGAUCACAACCAGUAUCGGUUUGGCCAUACUAAGGUAUUUUUCAAGGCUGGUCUCCUGGGUAUUCUAGAGGAAAUGAGAGAUGACAAAUUGGCCCAAAUCAUCACACGCACACAAGCCAUUUGUCGUGGUUUUCUAAUGAGAGUUGAAUAUCAGAAGAUGUUAGAGAGAAGAGAUGCCAUCUUCACUAUCCAGUACAACAUCCGUGCAUUCAUGAAUGUCAAACACUGGCCAUGGAUGAAACUGUUUUUCAAGAUCAAGCCUCUUUUGAGGAGUGCAGAAGCUGAAAAGGAAAUGGCCAAUAUGAAAGUAGAGUUUGAGAAGACUAAAGAAGCACUCGCGAAAUCAGAAGCGAGAAGGAAAGAAUUGGAAGAAAAAAUGGUUAGCCUGCUUCAAGAAAAGAACGACUUAUUGCUUCAAGUUCAGUCAGAAGCAGACGGCCUGGCAGAUGCAGAAGAAAGGUGUGACCAGCUCAUCAAAAGCAAAAUUAAUUUAGAAGCCAAAGUCAAGGAACUCAGUGAAAGACUGGAGGAUGAAGAGGAAUGUAAUGCAGAGUUAACAUCCAAGAAGAGAAAACUAGAAGAUGAAUGUUCGGAGUUAAAGAAGGAUAUUGAUGACCUGGAACUCACACUAGCCAAAGUUGAAAGGGAAAAACAUGCCACUGAAAACAAGGUUAAGAAUCUUACAGAAGAAAUGGCUUCCCUUGACGAAAGCAUUGUCAAAUUAACAAAGGAGAAGAAAGCCCUUCAAGAAGCUCAUCAGCAAACACUUGAUGACCUCCAGGCUGAAGAGGACAAAGUUAAUACCUUAACCAAAACCAAAGCUAAAUUGGAACAACAAGUGGACGAUCUUGAAGGUUCUCUAGAACAAGAGAAAAAGCUUCGCAUGGACCUUGAGAGAGUAAAGAGGAAGCUUGAAGGAGAUUUGAAGCUGAUUCAGGAAUCAGUAAUGGACUUAGAAAAUGACAAACAACAAUUGGAAGAGAAAGUGAAGAAGAAGGACUUUGAAAUAAGCCAGUAUCAGAGUAAGAUUGAAGAUGAGCAGGUUCUUGGAAUGCAGCUGCAGAAAAAAAUCAAGGAACUGCAAGCCCGUAUUGAAGAACUCGAAGAGGAAAUUGACGCUGAACGUACGGUUCGUGCUAAGGCAGAGAAGCAAAGGGCUGACUAUGCCCGUGAGCUGGAGGAAAUCAGUGAACGACUAGAAGAAGCUGGCGGGGCGACUGCAGCACAGAUCGAAAUGAACAAGAAACGUGAAGCAGAGUUUCAGAAGAUGCGCCGCGAUCUGGAAGAAGCAACCCUCCAGCAUGAAGCCACAGCUGCUGCUCUUCGCAAGAAGCAGGCUGAUAGUGUGGCUGAACUUGGGGAACAAAUCGACAAUCUGCAACGUGUGAAACAGAAGCUGGAGAAGGAAAAGAGUGAGCUGAAGAUGGAAAUUGAUGACAUGGCCAGCAAUAUGGAAAUGGUUUCUAAACUAAAGGGUAAUCUUGAGAAAAAUUAUCGAACUCUUGAGGACCAACUUAAUGAAAUAAAAACAAAACAUGAAGAACAAACGCGUCUUAUGAAUGACACAUCAACACACCGAGCUCGAUUACAGACAGAAAAUGGGGAACUAAGUCGCCAGGUUGAAGAAAAGGAUGCGCUGAUUUCACAAUUUAAUCGAGGGAAACAAGCAUUCACACAACAAAUUGAGGAGCUAAAAAGGCAGUUGGAGGAAGAAACUAAGGCUAAGAGUGUCUUGGCACAUGCUCUACAAUCUGCCCGCCAUGACUGUGAUUUGCUCCGUGAACAAUAUGAAGAGGAACAGGAAGCAAAGGCUGAGCUCCAGCGUGGCAUGUCCAAGGCCAACAGUGAAGUUGCUCAGUGGAGAACAAAAUAUGAAACUGAUGCAAUCCAACGCACAGAGGAACUGGAAGAGGCCAAGAAAAAACUUGCGCAGCGACUCCAAGAUGCUGAGGACAAUGUCGAAGCAGUGAAUUCUAAAUGUGCCUCGUUGGAAAAGACAAAACUGCGCUUGCAAGGUGAAGUGGAAGAUCUAAUGAUUGAUGUGGAGAGAGCAAAUGCUGCUGCAGCUGCUCUUGAUAAGAAGCAGCGAAAUUUUGACAAGAUCCUGGCAGAAUGGAAGCAGAAAUAUGAAGAGACCCAAACUGACCUGGAGGCAACACAGAAGGAAUCCCGUUCUCUAAGCACAGAACUGUUCAAGAUGAAGAAUGCUUAUGAGGAAGCUUUGGAUAACCUGGAAACUCUUAAACGAGAGAAUAAGAAUCUACAGCAGGAGAUCUCAGAUCUGACUGAAAUGAUUGGUGAGAAUGGAAAGACUAUCCAUGAGCUGGAAAAGGCCAAAAAAUUAGCUGAGCAAGAAAAGGCUGAUCUUCAAGCAGCAUUGGAAGAGGCUGAGGCAUCUUUGGAGCAUGAAGAAAGCAAAAUCCUACGUAUUCAGCUGGAAUUGACCCAGGUGAAAGCAGAAGUGGACAGGCGGAUUGCGGAAAAAGAUGAAGAGAUUGACCAAAUCAAAAGGAAUUAUCAGCGGACAGUUGACACUAUGCAGACUGCUUUGGAUGCUGAAAUUAGGAGCAGAAAUGAUGCUUUGAGGAUCAAGAAAAAGAUGGAGGGAGACCUGAAUGAAAUGGAAAUUCAACUGAAUCAUGCAAACCGCCAAGCAGCAGAUGCUGUAAAACAUUUCCGAAACUUGCAAGUCCAGUUCAAGGAAUGCCAGUUGCAUCUUGAUGAGGCCCUCCGAUGCCAAGAUGACCUGAAGGAACAACUGGCCAUGGUUGAACGGAGAUGCAAUUUACAGCUUGCUGAAAUUGAAGAAAUAAGAGCAGCCCUUGAACAAACAGAUAGAGCGCGCAAAAUUGCUGAGCAGGAAUUAAUUGAUGCAAGUGAACGUGUGCAACUCCUGCACACCCAGAAUACCAGCCUCAUAAACACAAAGAAGAAACUUGAAACUGAUAUUAGCCAGCUUCAAAGUGAAGUUGAAGAUGCUACUCAAGAAUCAAGAAAUGCAGAAGAGAAAGCAAAGAAAGCCAUAACAGAUGCUGCUAUGAUGGCAGAAGAACUGAAGAAGGAACAAGACACCAAUGCUCAUUUGGAAAGAAUGAAAAAGAAUCUGGAACAGACUGUGAAAGAUCUGCAACUCCGUCUGGAUGAGGCAGAGCAGCUGGCUAUGAAAGGUGGAAAGAAACAGCUCCAGAAACUGGAGGCGAGGGUACGUGAGCUUGAGAAUGAACUCGAAGCUGAGCAAAAACGAUGUGCAGAGGCAAUUAAAGGUUUGCGUAAAUUUGAAAGGAAGGUCAAAGAACUCCUGUAUCAGACUGAAGAAGACAGAAAAAAUAAUCUGCGACUUCAGGACCUAGUUGACAAACUGCAAAUGAAAGUUAAAACCUAUAAGAGGCAGUCUGAAGAGGCUGAGGAACAAUCCAAUGUGCACUUAUCUAAAUUUAGGAAGGUACAACAUGAAUUGGAAGAAGCAGAGGAACGUGCUGAUAUUGCAGAAUCCCAGGUCAACAAACUCAGGGCUAAAAGUCGUGAUUUUGUAAGCAAGGUAACGUGCACAUUGUAA